AUGCCUCGCUUCCGCCAACUUUUCGUCUCUCUUCUCUUCUGCACGGUGACUGUCUUGGCCUCGACGGGCCUUAUCCACCUCAAGGCGUCGCCCCAGCUCGCACGGUCGCGGGAAGCGUAUCUCCAAGCAGCCGCGCGCUGCCUUCUCCAGACACGCACCUCGACGCUUGGCGCCUUUGUCAAAGCUGUACCGACCCCGCGGGGUCCUUGGAUGCUCGUGUCAGACGUUGCAGCGCCGGUCGUGGCCGUCCGCGGCUGUCCCAAGCUCGGUUUUGCCUGGAAACGGUAUGCCACCCAGCUCAACCGCACGCUUGACAACGUCGUCUCGGCGCUCGCAUCGCAGACGUACUACGCCGUGCUCGUCGUCGAUGCGCUGGGUUGUGACGUGGCACUGUCUCCGACGUCGGCGACGGUCGACACGCAUGAGGUGCACACGAUGCUACAGCGCGUGCACCGCGGAGUGCUACGCGGUAUCAGCACCGCGCCUGCGACCGCCGGGUGUCCAUUGGCGGCGUGGUCGAUGGAUGGCCGCGUCACUGCCCCGAGCCCCGGGACGCUCACGGUUGCGCUCAACUACGACGUCGCAAUGCACGGUAGUGUCCACGCCGUUCAACUGACCGCCCUCGAGCGCUAG